GUUACAUCAGCUCACAAACUCAUAAAUACACUGCAUCCAGAAGAGACAGGCUGUGACAAGCAGAAACAUCUGUAAAGCAGAAACAUCUGUAGAGGACAAACACACGAGCAAACAGAAGAAGGAUUAAACAAUGAAGUGUGUUGUUGUGUUGCUGAGUCUUCUGUCGGUGUGUGGAUCGGCUCCUCUGAGCAGCUGUGAUGCUCUGCUCAGACCUGUAGACAUCAGCAAGGAUGAAAUGUUGGGAGGAUGGAUGUUCGUCGGGGCGAGCUCGGACAUCCCAGGAAGCCGCUCCCUGUACUACCUGCUGUCCAGCGUCUGGUUUAACAUCACUGCCACCUCCAAGAGCAACGUUAUCCACAUCGUCCAAAAUCAGAGAAUACUGGGUGAAUGCUCCAGCUUAGCAUACGAUGUGGAUUUCGAAAACAGCACCAUUUUAAUUGAGCAACCUGUAUACCUUAAAGAAGUCUACUUGCCCACUGAGUGUGCCGACUGUUUGGUCGCCAAAGAAGACAUCAAGGCUGAAGAGCAUUCUUUCACCAGUCUUCUUCUGUUCAGCAGAAACAGGAGCGUCUCAUCUGCUGCAGUGGAAAUGUUAAAGAAACAAGCAGAAUGUCUUCGGAUGCCUCCGCCUAUAAUGAUAGACCCAACCAACGAACUCUGCCCAGAAGACUUAACGCCCCCUGACGGGAUGAGCGCCCUCCAAUCAAUGUUGGAGGCCAAGAUGGGACUCAAGGUUGCCAAAUUUCUGGAUAGCAUUUUUGACCUCUUUGUUAGCUGAUUUAAUAUUUUUCUAACACUGAUCAAAUGGAAAGUGCCAGAUUAUCAUCACAGCAAGGAUGGUGAAAAUUCUUUCAUGUGAUUGUCUUAAAUUAAAAACCCAAUUACAAAA